AUGUCAUCAAAUGACACAUUAUCUAGUUAUUAUCAACGUUCUUUUUAUACACAAACAAAUAAUAUUACAUUUAAUGUUCCUUCAUUUACCCCUUUAUUAAUUCCAAUUUUUCAUGUAACACCAUUAACUUCUCCAAUACCUAGUUGUGAUGAUACAGUAGAAGACUCUUCAACAGAUACACUAAACAUACAUGAAAUUGAUGACUUUGAAAAAACGUGUCAAAUUAUUAAUAAAGUAAUCAAAUUCACAAAACCAGAAGAAGAUAAUUCAUAUAAACUUCAAUCACAAUCUGAAAUAAAAGAAAAAAUAAAUGAAACAUCAAGUGGUAGUUAUGUCACACCAUAUACUGCACAAAAUGAUUCUACUUUAGAAGAGUUAGAAAAAGAAAUUCAUUCUGAUUUAAUCAAAAAAUGGGAUCGUAAAGAAAAAAAGAGAUUUAAUCCUAAAAAAUCUUCUUCUCAAUACCUUUUUGAAUCACUAGAUAAACGUAAAACAAUGAUGAAAAAACGUAGAAAAAAUUAUAAACGAGAAGAACAUAACCAAUGGAUAAUAGACACUCUUAAAAUUCUUAUAGGAUUAGCUAUCAUUUUAUUGUGUUGUGGACUAAUUUGGAAAAGUCAUACAGAAAUGAUUAUAAUGUAA